UUCACUUUUCUUUUCACUCUGCAUGUACAUCUCCUAGAGCCACAGAGCCUGGCUGAAACUGUGGAGAUGAUGAAGUUGCUGGCAGCGUGAGGUGAGAGAGGAUCUUAUGGAAAAGGACAGGUGCUUUUCUGGGGCCAUGGGUUCACUGAGCUGCAUACCUUCUCUGCUUACUGGCCUCUCUUACCUAAGUUCAACAAAUCCUUUGCUGGCACAGCCCAGUCCUGGCCUGUUCAGCAUGUCAGAGAGAUCAUAGUUUCAGCAUGCUGCAUGAGCAAGCGAGGGUGAGAAUGGACAAGACUACCCACAACAAUCAGGAAGUUAAGAAACAUGUGCGUCUGCAAGAUCGAAGGGGCUCCAGUGUGUCACUGGUAUUGGACAUGAGUUCUCUGAGCAACACUGAACCCAUUUUGCAAGUCUCUACCCCUAGAGAUGUCACAGUGCAGUUUUUGAACACUGCCAGUCAUGUCCUAACACAGAAGAUGCUCCAGGAAUGGAGCUGCAGUCUGGAAGAGCUUCAAGAGGAGUUUGCGAAAAUCCCCUCAAACUUCAUCAGUCCAGAAGAAUUCAACAUUCCUGGACGGGCAGCAAAGGAUAGAUACAGAUCCAUCCUGCCAAAUCCCCAGAGUCGUGUCUGUCUCAAGAGUGUCAACUUUCAAGAAGAGGAGUCUUACAUAAAUGCAAAUUACAUUCGGGGUUAUGCUGGGCAGAAGAAGGCCUAUAUUGCCACACAGGGACCCAUGCUAAAUACAGUCAAUGACUUCUGGACAAUGGUGUGGCAAGAAGAAACUCCACUCAUAGUUAUGCUCACCAAACUCAAAGAAAGGAAAGAGAAAUGUAUUUGUUAUUGGCCUGAAACAGAAGCAUCCUACGGACCAUUUACAAUUCAAGUCCAAGACAUCUGUGAAUGUGACGACUAUACCAUUCGUAGUUUUUCCCUGCAGUUCAAAGAUGAAUGUCGCACUGUGAAACAUAUUGUCUUCUCAUCCUGGCCAGACCAGAGGACACCAGAAUCAGCCAAGAUGCUCUUGCAUUUGAUUUUUGAGGUGGAGAAAAUUCUGCAGGCUGCACAAAACUCAGGACCAAUUGUUGUGCACUGUAGUGCAGGCAUUGGGCGGACAGGCUGCUUUAUUGCUACCCAGAUCGGAUGCCAGCAACUAAAGGACAAAGGAGAAGUAGAUAUUUUGGGAAUUGUCUGCCAGCUACGCAUAGACAGAGGUGGAAUGAUACAAACCAGUGAACAAUACCAGUUUAUCCAUCAUACACUUGCCAUGUAUGCCUCACAGCUUCCUGAGUUCACAGACAACUAAUCCAUCAUCAUUAUCCAGUAGCAAGAGGAACUGUUUAUAACUUGAUACUUUGCUUGGAAGAGCCUUUUUCUGAUAGCAAGAUAGUGAAAUAUUUAUAUUUCAACCAUUUGAAGUAUAUAGCUCAUACAAGAACUAUUUGGUUGUUGGUUUCAUAUAAAGGGAAUUUAGCUGGAUGGAGACUUUUAAUUUCAUUUCUUUAAUGUUUUGAACUUCCUGUGUAACUUUUGUAAAAAUAAUUUUCAUUUCAAGUCUAUUAAAAUACUGUUCUGUUAACCAUCUAGAAUAUAUAUGAUAUUUAAAAUUACUGAUCCCAAAGCAACUAAAAUUUAGACCCAAUGGAUUAAUCUUAUUGCAAAAAAGUAAAGAGGUUGCAUUUUGAAGCGACAGAAAGCUGGCUUCAGCUGUCAAGAUUAUUCUGUCUCAAUAUUUCUAAUCUGAAAAAGCCUUUGCUGGACCUAACUGUACUAUACAAUUUUUGUUCAGUCUAAAACUUCAGCUUUGUGAGAAGGUGGUUGGGCUAUGGCUACAGAAGCCCUGGAAGAAACUGAUUAUCUAGACCUCCCUCAGUCAGGUUUCAGUGUGGGACAUAGUGCUAAAAGAAUAUUGGUCAUGUUUGUUGAUGAUGUCUGGGGGAGCCAGGAUGGGGAUACUGCAGCCAACCUGGUUCUUGGUGGGUUUUGAUGCUGUCACCCAUAGUUUCCUUCAGGCUUACUUGCAGGGAUGAAGAGUAGGGGCAUUGUGUUACAAUAAUUCUCCUUCUUUUUCUGUGGUCAGGUCCAGUUGGUGUUGAUGGAAGGGGGGAGGGAUCAAGUCUGUGGCCCCAAAUGUGUGGGGGCUCAAGACUAUCACCUCUUUGUUUAACAUCUAAAUAAGGCUGUUGGGCGAGGUCAAGCAUCAGUUUGGAGUCAGGUAUCAGCAGUAUGCUGAUACCCAGCUAUACAUCUCAACCUCAGGUCGACCAGGUGAUGCCGUCAAGGUCUUUUCCUAGUGUCUGGAGGCUGUGGAUGUUCUGGAUGGGGAGCAAAAGGUUCAAGCUUGAUCCUGACAAGAAUGAGCGGUUAUGGGUUUUGGAUCCCCUGGACCAGGGACAUUCCAUCUUUAGUCCUGAAUAAGGUUGCACUUCAGAACUGGUGCAUAAUAUGGGGGUUUUCUUGGAGUCACAGCUCCUGCUUGAGGAGCAAGUAGCAGCUAUGGCUAAGAAGGCCUUUGCACAAAUCUGUCUUGUGUGCCAAUUGCACCUCUACCUGGACCAGAUAGUCCUUCAAUCACUUUAUCAUCUCACAUAUGGACUCUUGUAAUGCAGUCUACAUAGGGCUGCCCUUGAGAAAUACUCAGCACCUGGUCCAGAAUGCAUCACUAUGGGCAAUUAUGGGUAUGUCACAUCAUGCCCAUAACCUUUGCUUUGUGAGCUACAUUAGUUACCAUAGGCCUCCAGAUACAAUACAUGGUGCUGGUUAUCCUGUAUGUUCCAGGUCCAUUAAGUGGUAUCAUAUAGUGAAAUUAAGAAAUAUGCCUUUCUGUCACAGCACCUGCCCUCUGGAACAGCAUUUCCCCUGAGACUUGUCUGCCUUCACCCUGUCUGUGUUGAAAGAAGCCUUUAAAAUCUGGCUCUUCCCCCAGGUCUUGGGUUAGACUGGGUUGCAGGUCCUGUGGGUUGUAUUAUUUUCAAAUGAAUAGUCUUCCUUUCUCCAGAUGCCUGCGAUUUUAUUUUUAUUUUUUAUAAUUAUUUCAUUAUUAUAUGCUGCCCAGAGUUGCUAUAGAGUUAGGUGGCCUUAUACAUUUAAUUAAUUAAUUAGUUUGUAUUCAGUCAUAACAUACCGACUGAUUUAAGUAAGGUGCUUUACAUGAGAAAGUGAAUCCUCCAUGGAAAUGCAUGCAAUGACGUUUAAAUGUAGUUAACUUGUAAAAUAUUCAGUCUGUAAGCAUUAACACACAAUAGGUUUGUUGAAUGUACUACUGGCCUGCUAAUGUUAUAUUCAAAUGGAUGAGUCCACAAAGUAAGCAUAUUAUAUAUGCCUAGGUAAAGAUGGAAAACCUAUAAGAUAUUUCUCUCCAUUCCCUGUUUUAUAUAAAUUAGAUGCUCUGUAACUAAUCAGCUAAGCCUAAGAUACAUAGGAAGUUGCCUUAAAAUAAGGGAAAAUGCUAAUCCCAUUUGCUCAGCAUUGGUAAUAUUAUCUGAAAUGUAGACUCCAACUUCCCCAGCCAUAUUUUCAUAAGCAUCCAGUAAAAACCACAGUCACAUUUUACAAGUCAUGUCAUCAUGCAAAUGUUGCAGAUUAUGUACAGUAGUUUAUAUCGUUUGCACAGUGAUAUUAUGGUGUGAAUGACAUCACUUGCAUUCAUUGCACAUGCCUAGCCAUAUCUGGAGGGCUUAUGCAUGCAGAAUAAAUGUUCUACCUCUGAAUUGUGUUUUUUAUUAUGUUUUCUGUCAUAGUGGAAAAAGUAAACCAUGUUUGCUAAAAGGACUAAAGUUGUGCUGUAUCCUUUCUAAUCUUUCCCACCAAGGCCAGUGACCUAAGUAUAAUAAAUAUUUUGCAUGCAUGAAUCUUAAACAUUCCAGUUUAAAGCAUAAAAAUGUAGUCACUCACUUCUCUUUAUCUGAAGAAUGUACUAAGGAAAUUAUCCUCCAACCUCAUCAAACUGAAGAGUCAUUCAGAAAAGACAACUUAGUUAAUUGUGACUGAAAUAUUUUCUUACCACUUUUGCAUGUGUUUCUUUUCCUGAAAUUUAUCCUAAAAUGAAGCUAUGUGUUGUCAGCUUCAAGCAUUCAUAUGGCUUUGGAAAUGUAUUUGUAAUGCUUAUUUUUCUUUGA